GAAAUGCCGUGUUCUCACUCUCUGCAAUAAAACACAAACUUGUGAGUGACAGAGUUCUGUGUUCUGUGGGAGGGGAAGUGGGCGUGGCUGUGACGGCUGACCUUUGAAUCCGUGACCUGAAUGACUUCCUCUGGCUUUCCUGGCUGCCAGUCUGCGCCUGCAGUACCGGCUCACAUGGCCAAGUCCAUGAGUCUGCUGUGGGGGGCUGGAUCCCCCCCCUGCUGGCGUGUCAUGAUCACCCUGGAGGAAAAGAGGCUGCAGGGAUACAAACGGAAACUCCUGUCCUUCCAGAAAGGGGAGCAUAAAUCCCAGGAAGUCCUGGAAGUCAACCCAAGAGGGCAGCUUCCUGCCUUCAGGCAUGGAGACGUGGUUGUGAAUGAGUCCACCGCUGCAUGUUUAUACUUGGAGAAUCGGUUCCAGUCUCAGGGGAACCGGCUGAUCCCUGACUCUCCUGCAGAACAGGCCCUCGUGUUCCAGCGCAUGAUGGAGGGUCUCACCCUCACAGACAGACUCAACUCAGUCAUCUACUACGACCUGCUGGUGCCUGAAGAGGAGCGGCACGACUCCGCCCUGAAGAGGAGCAAGGAGACUCUGAGCACCGAGCUCCAGCUCUGGGAGGGCUACCUGCAGAACGUGGCUGCAGGCUCCUACCUGGCUGGGCCGUUCUCCCUGGCAGAUGUGGUCGUUUAUCCAAACGUUGCGUUUGCGUUCCGCUUUGGGCUCUCGGCUGGACGCUUCCCCAAACUGGCCAAGUACUACAGUUUGCUGAAGGAGCGGCCCAGCAUCAAAGCCAGCUGGCCUCCACAGUGGAUGUCCAGCAGACAGGGUUACGACGUCCUGAAGGAUCUGUAGACGACAGGAAGCGGCGCUCUUCAUCAGAUCCUCAUCCGCACGCCUCUUGUAAAGUUAAUAAACAUGUUUCAAAAAAA